GGAGGCCGAGCACCGCCCCGCAGCCGACAGGGGCGGCUGAAGGUUGCAUCUGCUGGAAGGAGGCUUUUGGCUGCUUGGUAACAGGCUGCCAGAACGGAGAGCGAGGCAGAGAGCAGGGCAGCGGCUUCUUGACGUCAGGACCGAGCCAGGGGAUCGCGCCAGCAGCCCUAGCCCGCCCCAGAGUGGGGGCCGGCCGACGGCAGGAGAAAAGCCGGACACAAGGCGCCCAGCGGGGCGUGAGCGGGGGCUGCGGACGCCGGUCGGUAGGGGCGCAGCAUGCCCCCUGCCCCCUGGCCAUGGAGAUCGCCCUGGUGCCCCUGGAGAACGGCGGUGCCAUGACCGUCAGAGGAGGAGGUGAGACCCGGACAGGCUGUGGCCAGGCCAUAGGGGGAGAGCUCCAGUGUCCCCCGACGGCUGGGCUCAGGGAUGGACCCACAGAGCGGGCUCCAAGGGCGCGCGGCACGCAGAGGGGAGUGGACCUGGGAGGGCGGCCUUUGCCACCCCUGCCCCAGGAGCCGCCGCAGCCUCGACGGCUGCCUCCGGAGGACGAGGAGGGAGAAGGCGACCCCGCCCUGGGCAUGGCGGAGGACCAGGUGCUGCGCGCGGGGUCCCUUCACCACCAGCGCGUCCUUAUCAACAUCUCUGGGCUGCGCUUCGAGACGCAGCUGGGCACCUUGGCGCAGUUCCCCAAUACCCUCCUGGGGGACCCGGCCAAACGCCUGCGCUACUUCGACCCCCUGAGGAACGAGUACUUCUUUGACCGCAACCGGCCCAGCUUCGAUGGCAUCCUCUACUACUACCAGUCCGGGGGCCGCCUGCGGAGGCCCGUCAAUGUCUCCCUGGACGUGUUCGCAGAUGAGAUCCGCUUCUACCAGCUGGGGGACGAGGCCAUGGAGCGUUUCCGGGAGGAUGAGGGCUUCAUUAAAGAAGAGGAGAAGCCCCUGCCCCGAAAUGAAUUCCAACGCCAGGUGUGGCUUAUCUUUGAAUAUCCAGAAAGCUCGGGGUCCGCGAGGGGCAUAGCCAUCGUCUCGGUCUUGGUCAUUCUCAUCUCCAUCAUCACCUUCUGCUUGGAGACCUUGCCAGAGUUCAGGGAUGAACGGGAGCAGCUCCGCCAUCCCCCAGUGCCCCACCAGCCUCCUGGGCCUGCCCGGGGGGCCAAUGGCAGCGGGGCUCUGGCUCCUCCCUCCGGCCCUACAGUGGCACCUCUCCUGCCUAGGACCCUAGCUGACCCCUUCUUCAUUGUAGAGACCACGUGUGUCAUCUGGUUCACCUUCGAGCUGCUUGUACGCUUCUUUGCCUGCCCCAGCAAAGCAGAGUUCUCUCGCAACAUCAUGAACAUCAUUGAUGUGGUGGCCAUCUUUCCCUACUUCAUCACCUUGGGCACUGAGCUGGCAGACCAACAGCCAGGCGGGGGAGGGGGCGGCGGCCAGAAUGGGCAGCAGGCCAUGUCCCUGGCCAUCCUCAGAGUGAUCCGCCUGGUCCGGGUGUUCCGCAUCUUCAAGCUCUCCCGACACUCCAAGGGGCUGCAGAUCCUGGGCAAGACCUUGCAGGCCUCCAUGCGGGAGCUGGGCCUGCUUAUCUUCUUCCUCUUCAUCGGAGUCAUCCUCUUCUCCAGUGCCGUCUACUUUGCAGAGGCUGACAACCAGGAGACCCAUUUUUCCAGCAUCCCAGAUGCCUUCUGGUGGGCAGUAGUCACUAUGACCACAGUAGGCUACGGGGACAUGAGGCCUGUCACAGUGGGGGGCAAGAUUGUGGGCUCGCUGUGUGCCAUCGCUGGGGUGCUCACCAUCGCCCUGCCUGUGCCCGUCAUUGUCUCCAACUUCAACUACUUCUACCAUCGGGAGACGGACCAUGAGGAGCAGGCAGCUCUUAAGGAAGAGCAGGGCAGCCAGAGCCAUGGGACAGGGCAGGACAGUGGAGGCCCUCGGAAGACCAGCUGGAGCAAAGGGUCCCUCUGCAAGGCUGCGGUGUCCCUGGAGAACGCAGAUGGAGCCCGAAGGGGCAGCUGUCCCCUGGAGAAGUGUAACCUCAAGGCCAAAAGCAAUGUGGACUUGCGGAGGUCCCUCUAUGCCCUCUGCCUGGACACGAGCCGGGAAACGGAUUUGUAAGGGAGAGCCCUGGCAGAUCGGUGGUAGUGGGGUGGGGGAUAGCAGAGGCUUCCUGAGCCUGGGUAUCUACUUCAUACCACAGAGUAUUUCAAACCCACCUUGAAGUCUGUCCCUCUUCUUUCACUUCUCUCCUUCCCUCCCUCCCUUGAUCCCCCAUUUUUCCUCUUCUUUCCAUGACACCAAGGGUCGCCUAUUUUUAAAAAGUACCACAUUCCAUGACGCAGGAGCUGUUGAAAUGGUGAGCACUGUGAAAUGGAUGUAUUUGUAGCCAGUUCCCUAUACCCAGCAGAGGGAUAACCCAAACAAAAAUGACUUUAAAUAGCCCAGAUCCCAAGAGAUUUUGUAACCCCCUCCAUGUGUUCCAAAUUUGCUUUAUAUAUGAUUUUAUUUGUGUAUAGGGGAAAAUAUUUUUAUGUCCAGUGAGUGGAUUUUUGUACUGCAGCUCAGUUGGAGAUAUUUUGGAUAUAUUUUCCAGGAAUGCUGUAUUUAUGGAAAAGAGAGUUAUUGUGAUUUUUUUUUUGUGAUACUUAUAUUAGGGCCAGAGACCCUAGUUAUGGCUGUUCUGGUUCCUGUGUCUGUAAGCCUCUCUCUUUUCUAGGAUGUGGUAUCGGUGUUUUGCAUCUAGGGCAGGGAAUGUUCUGGAAGAAAGGCAAGACUGAGCUUUUCUGUGCGCCUUAAACAAUUCUUGUAACUUUCUUUGAAAAGCAUUUUAAUGAUGCUGAAGAAAGAUUUCCGAUAAUUCAUUCUCUUUAUUUUUAUCCCAGGAAAUAAAAUAUUAUGUGGUUGAGGCAAGUGUUAGUUGUUUCUUUGU